UUCACACUCUUGAUUCUUGCUUUAAUGGCGGAAGCCAACAUUAAACAUGUAGCAAUCAUACCAAGUCCCGGAAUGGGUCACAUCAUCCCAUUCGUCGAGUUAGCAAAACGACUAGUUGAUGAGCACCACUUGUUCACCGUCACAUUGAUCUUCUCCGGUGAAUCUUCGCCAUCUAGGGCACAAAGAUCCGUCCUCAACUCUCUCCCUUCCUCCAUAGACUCCGUAUUUCUCCCUCCCGCCGAUCUUUCCGAUGUUCCCUCAACGGCACGACUAGAAACUCGGAUCAUGCUCACCUUGACACGUUCCAAUCCAGCGCUUCGAGAGCUUUUUAGCUCCUUAUCAACGAAGAAACGUCUCCCUGCUGUCCUCAUCGUCGAUCUCUUUGGUACGGAUGCGUUCGAUGUGGCCGCUGAGUUCAACGUGUCACCAUACAUUUUCUUUGCAUCGAAUGCUAACGUCUUGUCGUUUUUUCUUCACAUGCCGAAACUAGACGAAACCGUGUCGUGUGAGUUUAGGUACUUAACCGAACCGGUUGAAAUUCCUGGCUGUGUCCCGAUGACCGGCAAGGACUUUCUUGAUACGGUUCAAGACCGAAACGACGACGCAUACAAAAGGCUUCUCCAUACCACUAAAGAAGCUAAAGGGAUUCUAGUGAAUUCCUUCGUCGAUUUAGAGCCGAAUGCUAUUAAGACUUUACAAGAACCGGCUCCUGAUAAACCACCGGUUUACCCGAUUGGACCGUUGGUUAACACAGAUACAUCUGAUGUUAACGUGAAAGACGAGGAGUCCGAAUGUUUGAAUUGGCUAGACAACCAACCAUACGGCUCGGUUCUAUAUGUAUCAUUUGGAAGUGGCGGAACACUCACGACAGAGCAGUUCAAUGAGCUUGCUCUCGGUUUAGCGGACAGCGAAAAACGGUUUAUAUGGGUCAUACGAAGUCCAAGCGGAAUAGCUAGUUCGUCGUAUCUCAAUCCACACAGCCAAACCGACCCAUUUACAUUUUUACCACUUGGUUUCUUAGACCGAACCAAAGAAAGAGGUCUAGUGAUUCGGUCAUGGGCGCCGCAGAUUCAAAUCCUAGCUCAUCCAUCCACAUGUGGGUUUCUAACACAUUGUGGAUGGAAUUCGAUUCUAGAAAGCAUUGUAAACGGUGUGCCACUCAUAGUGUGGCCUUUAUUCGCGGAGCAAAAGAUGAACGCCUUGCUACUCGUGGAGGAUGUUGGUGCCGCUCUAAGAGCGCAAGCGGGUGAAGAUGGGAUCGUAGGAAGGGAAGAAGUGGUGAGAGUGGUGAAGGGACUGAUGGAAGGAGAAGAAGGAAAGGCCAUAGGGAAUAAAAUGAAGGAGCUGAAAGAAGGAGCUGUCCGAGUCUUGGGUGACGAUGGGUUCUCCAACAAGUCCUUUGGUGAAGUUUUGGUAAAGUGGAAAGCCCACUAGAGAGAAAACAACCAAGAGACGUCUCAUUAAAUGGUACACACUUUGUGAGUUUGAGCUAUACUAUGCGCGUUAUGCUAUAAUAAUAAUCUGGUUCAAGGAGUCACCAACAUGUAUAAUAAACUGUAAUUUGACAUUGUCAGAAUCCAAAUGAUCUACAACUACUGUAACCUUUCAUCUGUUUACCAGAUUAGGUUUAUCUUCCAAUAGUUGUUUAAUAUGAUAAUAAAUGUUUGUAUGAUGCACUUGUAAUAAGUUCUAAUCAAGUCUGUAUAUUUUUUUUUGGAUCUUCUUACACAAAACGGGUU